AUCAAACUUUUGUCUUUUGUUUUUUAGAAUAGUAUAAUGUGAAUCUUGGAUAAUGAUACAACUACCAAUUAGAAAUAUAUAAUUAUUUCAUGUGACAUAUUGGUCUCUUAGAAUGUCGACUUUUAAUCAGAUUUGCUUCACUGACGAGGCCAACUGUCUCUCAUUUGUUGGUCAUAUGUUGAAGGCUAACAUGUGUACAAGCUGUAUGAAAGAUAUCGCCAAACAUAAUGCAGAAACAGUGAAAGAAGAAGACUUGAUCAAGGCGUUGGAAUACACUCAAUGUGGUGAAAAAACUCCCACUCUCAUAUUGAAGCAAGAAGGUUCGUACGGACAACUGUUUCUCGGUGGAUUCAAAGCCGCGCUUAAUUCCGAGUUCUUGCAGAAAGAAAAUGUCCAAGCUGUAGUGAAUACAGCUGGAAGCGGCUUGUUUCGUUUAUUUGGGAAGAAGUUGGAGAAGACAUAUCUUGAAGCCACCAGUAAUCCCGUCAGUUUGUUCUUAGAAUGGGAAGAUAGCAUUUCGUACGAUAUAACUGACGAGGACUUUGGAAAGGUCAUUAAUUUUAUACACGAUCACAGACAAAAAGGCGGAUCAGUCCUUGUUCACUGUGCGCAGGGCAAAUCUCGCUCAAGUACAGCUGUUGUCGCCUAUAUCAUGGCCGUGUUGAAUUUGCCGUUAGCCGAAGCUUUUUCUUUCGUUCAAAAGAGGAGGAAAAUGGCGGAACCCAACGCUCAUUUUAUGUUCAUGCUACAUCAACUACAAAGCAGUGACGUUUUAAAACAAGUACGACUACAGUUAUCUUCUGCGUGAUCUAAUCUCAAUAAAACUGAGCGACACUAACUCGACGGAACAGAUUAACAUUCACGUAGCGUCAUUACGGAUGUUGUAAACAGGGAUUCCUUUAUAUGUUUUGCCUAUAAACAGUUAACCUACGGUGACUACUGAGAAUUUAUCCAACAGAUUGUUUAUUUGGAAUGAAGAGUGAAAGACGCGGCUUCGUAAAAUGACGGCGACAAGAAAAACGUAUGGUUGGUUGUGUUUUGUGAAAUCAGCACCGAUUUGACUUGAAUUGUAACGUCAGAUGUUUUUUCCUGGCGGACACUGACUAAAAACUGUUAGUUUAUUAAUUUUGGAAAACUGAUGCUCUGAAGUUCCGUGUUUUGACGCAUGUUGACAUGUUUAAAAAAUAAAAAAAGAUGACGAUGGUAUUCAACAUGCUGUUGACAUUUAUAGGCGUGGUUAUGUUUUUAAUAUUUUAUGUAUUUUUGUAAUCACUUAAUUUGAAAUAAAAUUUUUGAUGAAAUAAAUUUAUAAUAACGCUUA